GGUAAUUUGAAAUGAAUUUUGUAAAUGACGCUCUUCUUCAAGUCAAGUUCUCUAUCGGCGGCUAAUUUUUAGUCGGAGUUUUCUCUAUUUUUCAAUUUUACUGUUGAUUAUGGCACGUAAUAAAUCGCCAUCAGCUGCAUCGGAUAAAGAGAAAAAGAAAGUAAAUAAAUAUAACAAAAAAAAGAAAGGAGAUUCAGGGUCAAGCAGCAGCGAUAGCAGUGGCAGUUCAUCAGAGAGCAGUUCAUCAAGGUCUUCAUCACAUUCAUCUUCAAGUAGUUCAGGGAGCUCCUCCAGAUCGUCUUCAUCUUCAAGUUCUUCGAGCAGUAGCAGCAGCAACCAUGAUCGUAGCAGACCAAAGAAGAAAACAUCGCCCCAUAAAAGCCCAGUUAAGGAUAGACGUGAGCCGGAUAGAGAAAAAAUAAGAGACAGGUCACCUUUGGGAGAUAAGAAGAAAUUGUCAGCACCAUCUAAUGAUAAAAUAAAAACAAAGGAGAAACAUGAGAGGUCACCAGCACGCAAGAAGCGUGAACGUUCACCUCCCCCUAGACCGACACGAAUUCACAUUGGAAGGCUUUCAUUGAAUGUAACUCGAGAUCAUAUACAUGAGAUAUUUUCAACAUAUGGCAGUGUAAAGGCAGUAGAAUUCCCAAUGGACAGACUGCAUCCACACAAUGGACGUGGUUAUGCUUAUGUUGAAUUCAGUAAUCCGGACGAAGCUGAGAAUGCUAUGAAGCAUAUGGAUGGAGGACAAAUCGACGGGCAGGAGAUCACGGCGGCGCCGGUGCUGGUGCCGUCGCGGCCGCGCCGCCCGUCCCCGCGCCCGCCGCCGCCGAGACACGCGCCGCCCCGACGACACUCGCCGCCACGGUACCGGCGCCGCAGCCCGGGCGCGCGCCGCCGCUCGCCGCCGCGCCGCCGCCGCUCGCGCUCGCGGUCUCCGCGCCCCGCGCCGCGCCGCCGCCGCUCCAGGUCCUCCUCCUCCUCCUCCCGUUAACUCCCACGAGCUACUCUCACACUCCACACACACACACACACAGACACUCUCAGGCAGACAUACGCGUCAACACAUGCACACACCGACCCUAACCACACAGAUGAUUAAUUCCAGAAACGUCUGGCAGGUAAGUAUUAUCCGUUUCCCGUAUUUUAAUUUAAAACUAAUGUCUCCGCGAGCCAGUAGGCGGUCUGAGGUAAGUAGUGAUAGUCGGUUUAUGUGCGAGGAUGUUCAUGUAACCGAUAUUAAUGGGACGUUUUUGUUACAAAAGCUUGCAAAAUGGAAACAUAGUGGACGGCCGUGCGGAUGGACGAAUUGACAUAAGAUAGUGAAGUGUUAAUGUAUACAAUAAUCACAUUCUAUUAAUUGUAAUUGAGAAGAUCCUGACUUUGUCAAUAAAUUGUAAUAGUGAUUGGAUAUUUUUAUUUUGGUUCCCAGAUCCAAUGUUCCUGUUCAAAAUUCAACUAAAUAAUAAGAUUUAAAAGCUUUGUAAGUUU